GGGCUCGCCGCCGCCAGACGGGCGGCCGGGGCCGGGGCAUCCCGCCCUAAGGCCCUCUCGUUUUCCUCACAGAACCAGAGAGAGAGAGAGAGAGAGAGAGAGGCCCGGGCUGCCGCAUCCCCGGGAGACGGCGAUGUUUCCCCUCAGCCUCGGCCGCCGCCCCCUCGUCGUCCUCCUGCCGCUGCCGCUUCUCGUCGCGCUCCCGGGCAGCCUCCAUGGCGGCUGCGCCCCCCGCGCUGCUGCCGCCGCCUCCGCCUCCUCCUCCUCCUCCUCCUCCUCCUCCCCCUCCCCCCAGCGCCCUCCGGCCCCGGACCGCCAGCCGGCCCUCCGCCUCAGCCCCUGAUGGCAGCGGGCCGGCCGGGGCCAUGACGGCGGACAAGGGCCCCGGUUGCCCGGGACCGUCCGGUCCCUCCAGCCCCCCGGGUCCGGCGCGUCGCAGCCCCGAGCGGGAGCCCUUCGCCGGGCCGGACGACGACGACGACGAGGAAGAAGAAGAAGAAGAGGAGGAGGAGGAGGAGGAGGAGUCCCGGCUGCUGCAGCUCCUGGUGGGCGGCGCGGCCGAGCCGUGCGAGGCGCUGCGGGCGGUGCUGGGCCGGGGCGCGGAGGCUCCCGCCCGGUGUCGGGCGCUGGGCCGGGCGCUGUCGCGGGCGCUGGGCGAAGGCGGGCGGCGGGAGAAGCGGCUGUGCCUGCGCCUGCUGGCGGCGGCGGCGACCGGGGCCGGGGCCGGGGCCGGGGCCGGGGCCGGGGACGCGGCCUGGCGCCUGGCCCUGCUGCCCCCGCUGGUGCUGGCCCUGGCCGAGGAGGACCCCGCCCUGCGGGCCGCCGCGCUCCACGUGCUGCACCGCCGCCUGCGCCGCCGGCCCGGGCAGGUGCUGAGGGCGCUGAGCCGCAGGGGCCUGGGCAGCCCCGACCCCCGCCUCCGCGCCGCCGCCGCCCGCCUGCUGCCCGGCCUGCUGCCCCCGAGCCGCCCCGGACCCCCGCCACGCCUGCCCCUCGCCCGCCUCACCCUGGCGCUCGCCCGGACCCUGCCCGAGCCGGAGCCGGAGCCGGAGCGGGAGCGGGAGCCCGAGCCGGCGGAGCGGGAGGCGGCCGAGGCGGCCUUCGACGCCCUCCUGCGCGUGGAGGAGCGCCUGGGGCCCGAGAGGUUCGCCGCCUGCCUGGCCCGCCUGCCGCCCGCUCUGCGGAGGCGCUACGACCGCCGGCUGGACGCCCGGGACCCCCCGGCCGCGGGCUCGGCGCCCCCCGGGCCCCCCGGGCCCCCCGGGCCGCCGCCGCCGGGCUUCGGCGUCAUCCCCGCGGAGCUGCAUGACCGCCUGCUGGACCGCCACGACUACCGCGACCGCACCCGGGCCGUGGAGGAGCUGAAGCGGGCGCUGGGCGGCUGGGAGCCCGGCUCGACGCCCCCGGCCGGGCCCGCCGCCCUGGUCGAGCUGCUGUCCGGCCUGCUGGACGACUCCAACUUCCAGGUGGUCCUCGGCGCCCUGCAGGCCCUGGGCCUGCUGGUGGAGCGGCUCGGGGAGCGGGUGUCGCCCCUGCUGGGGCCCGUGGUGGCCGCGGCCGCCAAGGUGCUGCCCGACAACAAGCCGGUCGUCAAGCGCGAGUACCUGAGGAUCUUCGGCCGGCUGAUGGAGGCGGCGGGGCCGCGGCCCGUGCUCGCCGCGCUGCUGGCCCGGCUGGGCCACCGGCACUCCCGGGCCCGCGAGGAGGUGGUCAACGUCUGCGUCCGCGCCCUGCUCGCCUACCCCGCCGAGGCCUUCGACCUCCCCGCCCUGGCCUCCGGGCUGGCCCCGGCCCUGGCGGACGGCAAGGGCCGGGUGCGCCGGGCCGCCCUGGAGGCCUUCGCCGUCCUGGCCUCCUCCGCCGGCCCCGGCCGGGCCGACGCCCUCCUCGGGGCCGCGGGGGGCGACGGCGACGCGGCCCCCGGGGCCCAGCGGGCCCGGCCGGCCGGCGGCACCCUGCCCGGGCUGACCGGGGAGGGGGCUGCGGAGCGCGCCGGCCCCGGGCCCUCCUCGGCCCGGGCCGGGGCCGCCCGCCUCCCCGGCGGGGAGCGGGACGCCGCCCGGCUCCCGGCGGGGAGCAGGACGCGGAGCGCCCACAGCCGCUUCGGGGACUGUUCCGGCGAUGCCCCGCCCGGCUCCGGCUCCGGCCGCCCCGCGUCCCGCGCCGAGCGCCGGACCUUCGGCCCGCGCAGGGUCUUCAGCGCCGGCAAGGGGAAGAACCGGUUCCCCUGGGAGGCGGACCCUCUCGGGAUCGGCGGGGGAAGCCGGCCGGCCCGCCCCGAGGAGCCGGACCAGUUUUCAGCAAAUGACAUCACCCCAUCUCCAAAAUUAAGAUCCUCUCUAGGAAUGCCAGUCAGUGAAGAUUUAUGCUUUAGCAGAAAAAGAGUUUCAAGGGGUAUAUUUCAGAAUAGUCUGGAUUUUAGCCCAGAUCCUACCGCCGUCAGUGCCGGUGUUACCACUGGACCACACCAGACGUAUGUAUUAGGAAAAUGCGGGCAAGUUGGAUUUUCACAGAUUCGUGGGAAAAGCAGCAGUGUGGAUUCUGAUUUGCAGUUUUUAGGAGCAAAUAGCAGUGGUCAAGAAAAAGUAUGUGGUAGUUUAAAUCUCUGCAGCAAGACCCAACAAACAUUCUGUGGCCCAGCGGAACGCACUUUAUCAAAUACCAAUCAAGGAGCCUUCAUUCUGCCUUCGUAUCCCCUCACAUCCCCUCGAACCAGUCCAAAGCACACAUCCCCUCUCAUUGGAUCUCCAAAGAAGUCUUGUGAUAAUUCUCUUCAUUUUUCAAAUUCCUGGCCUCUGAAGAGUUUUGAGGGAUUGCCAAAACCCAGUCCUCAGAAAAAACUCUUUGGUCCAAAGUUUUCUGACCCCACAGGAGAAAAUGCACCGGAAAAACCUUCUCCGAUACCGCUGAAACCUACUUUAGUGCGGUCUCCGUCUUCCCGAAGAGGCCUGAAUGGAACAAAACCUGUUCCCCCAAUCCCUCGGGGAAUGUCCUUGUUGCCUGAUAAAGCCGACUUAAGCACAGUUGGACACAAAAAGGAAGUGCCUGAUGACAUGUGGAAGAGUGAAAAAGACAAUCUUGCAAUUGACCUUUCAGAAUUGAAUGUCAGGGAUAAGGAAUCCGAUCAGGAAGAGAUGCAGAGCUGUCUUAGGUCUCUACGGAAUAGUGCAGCCAAGAAGAGGGCAAAGCUGAGUGGCAGCUCUUCCGAUCUGGAAAGCCCAGAUUCUGCGAUGAAACUAGACUUGAACGUGGACUCCCCAUCACGUUCUUCAUCUCCAAACAUCAGCCCGUAUAGUGAGAGCGGAGUUUACAGCCAGGAGUCCAUGACUUCGUCUUUAUCCACGACUCCACAGGGGAAGAGAAUAAUGUCAGAUAUCUUUCCAUUUGGAUCCAGAUCUUGUCCCACAAGACUCUCUUCCACAAAGAGUAAAAGUCUUCAAGUUGUUGAACAAAACUCCAGUACAGCAGGUACACCUUCCCAUGUGAGCGUAAUUGGCCAGCGUAUGAACUAUGGGUACGGAUAUAGUGGGUUUGAAGAAGAGAAACUGGGAGAGAUUACAUCUAGUGUUUCAAAAAUUCAGAGCAAAGAUCACCAAAGGCAUUAUAAGCAUACCAAAGGAGUUGCUGGCUCUUCAGCAAAUCUACAGCAGAUUUCCAACUGUGACCUCCCAUCGGCAAACACCCUGUCAGAAGAUUCAGAUUCAGUAGUAAUUGUUGGAAAAGGUGUUUUUGGAAGCCCAAAUGCAGCUGCAUUAACAAGCGUCCAGUCAGGAGUAACUUCCUCCGAAAAUGGGGAUGAAUACUGUCUCGGUCAGAGUAGUGAACGGCCAGCAGGAAUCUAUGGAAGAGCUGUUCAGCAGAAUGGUCAAUCUUACCUUGAUGUUUUUGAGAAUGAAAAAGAGAUUAAGAUUUCUCUUUCAAAAUCUGCCUAUGACAAAAUGAGGCAGAAAAAAAAAGAAGAAAACGAAGUGAAUCAUAAGGAACUUAAUGAAGUCAAAGAUUAUGAAAAGAAAAAACAGAGCCCGUGGGAACGUCUUAAAUGCCCUGCAACUGAGAAAACCACAGUGGAAAGUGAAGCUCCUACUGUGACCAGACCCCAGUAUAAGGAAAGGAUGCCGUCUGUCACACACAGCCCAGAAAUUAUGGAUCCAUCCGAGCUCCGACCUUUUUCCAAACCAGAAUUGGCCCUGGCAGAAGCCCUGAGACUUUUAGCUGAUGACGAUUGGGAGAAGAAAAUUGAGGGGCUGAACUGUAUUAGAUGCCUGUCUGCUUUCCAUUCUAAUGUUUUGACUGCCAAACUGCAUGAAGCAAGCUUUGCCGUAAUUCAAGAGGUGAAGAACUUGCGCUCUGGAGUUUCUCGGGCUGCCGUGGUCUGUUUAGGUGAUCUCUUUACUUACUUAAAAAGGGGCAUGGAUCAAGAGUUAGACGCUACCGUAAAGGUCCUGCUGCACAAGGCCGGAGAAUCCAACACGUUCAUAAGAGAAGAUGUAGAUAAAGCGCUGAAGGCUAUGGUCAAUAAUGUAACUCCAGCACGAGCAGUUGCCUCUCUCAUCAGUGGAGGCCAAAGUCAUUUACACAUAGCAGUAAGAAGAUGUACAGCCCAGCACUUAUCCGAUGUGGUGGAACAGAUGGAAUCGGCACGCAUUUUGUCUGGAACUAAGGAUAUGGCUGACCGGUUAUUGCCCACUGCAGCUAAGUUUGCACAGGACAGCUCACAAGAAACCAGGUACUAUGGUAGAAAAAUACUUUUCUUCCUGAUGUCUCAUUCUAACUUUGACAAAAUGCUUGAAAAGCAUGUCCCGUCCAAAGAUUUGCCUUAUAUUAAGGACUCUGUUAAAAAUUUACGUCAGAAGGGCCUAGGGGAGAUGCCCCUCGAGACUCCGUCCGCUAAAGGGCGACGCUCUCACACAGGCAGUGUUGGAAGAACGAGGUCGUCGUCCAUUUCUAGGGAUGCGCCCACGCUGACCGAAAGAGAGUUUACAGAAGUGCGUGAAAUUUCAAGAAAACCAGUUCCCCGUAAUUCUCUAGAAAGCGCUGAGUAUCUUAAGGACAUAACCGGUUUACUAAAUGCAAAAGACUUCCGUGAUCGAAUUAAUGGAAUAAAACAACUCUUAUCGGAUGCAGAGAAUAACCAAGAACUUGUUGUUGGAAACAUUGUGAAGAUCUUUGAUGCUUUUAAAUCUCGCCUUCAUGACUCCAACAGUAAAGUAAACCUAGUGGCUCUGGAAACGAUGCAUAAAAUGAUUCCUUUGCUCAAGGAUAAUUUAUCACCGGUUAUCAACAUGUUAAUCCCAGCGAUAGUGGACAACAACCUGAAUUCCAAGAAUCCGGGGAUCUAUGCUGCUACUACAAAUGUCAUUCAAGCUUUGAGUCAGCAUUUAGAUAAUUACUUGCUUCUGCAGCCAUUCUGCACCAAAGCCCAGUUUUUAAAUGGAAAAGCAAAACAAGAUAUGACGGAAAAGCUUGCUGAUCUCGUUACAGAAUUGCAUCAACGGAAGCCUCAUGCCAUAGAACAGAAAGUCCUGGUUGUCCUAUGGCACCUGUUAGGGAACCUGACAAACAGCGGAGCUGGAGGCAACAUCCGAACAGCCACGGCGAAAUUAUCAAAAGCACUUUUUGCACAGAUGGGUCCAAAUCUGUUAAGCCAGGCUGCUUCUCAGCCACCACAUAUCAAAAAGAGUUUAGAAGAAUUGCUUGACCUGACACCUUGAAAUGAAUUCCUCUAUUUUUACCAAUGUGAGACAAACUAAAAACUGUUUACAUGAGGUCAAACGGAACAAUUUUAAAGUUACAUCUUUCACUGUGCCUGCACUUUCAUUUAGAAAACUAACUAGAAUGGCUGCUUCGACAUUUAGAAUGGCACAUCUCUUAUAUUAGCACUCUUGAUACACACUGACACACCAAAUCAGUAUAAUAUUCGUGACUUCUCUCUCUUGUUUGAGACUGCAUGGAAUGAAUCAAACUUUAACAUUUUUAAAGAAAAUCCUGCUCAUUUGCACUCUUCUGUGGAAACUACAGUAUGUUCCCCUAUAUGUACAAUUAGAUAUGAAAUUUGUAAUUAAAAAUAUACUUUUUAUUAUGUAAUCAUGUUCUGACAUGUCUCAUUACUUAGCCUUAUUUAAUUAAUGAAAGUGGAAGGAAAUUAGUUGGAAUUCUACUGAGAACAGGGAUUUGUGUGCUACUUGUAAAGAAAAAAUGUAUUUUUGAAAUCAUCCUGCUAAUAUGAUUGGGCAGAAUUACCUUGCUGUUGCUGCUAUGUUGAUGUAAUAUAUUUGAUUAACUGUUUGGCAUAAUCAUUCAUCCAAUGUAAAUGGUCUAAAGGCUACAAUGAAAGAUGAUGACCGUAAUUUCUAAAUAAAUUUUAAAAAGAUUUUAAAGUAACAGAUUUAGGAGAAAAGUGUAGAAUAAUGACAUCCAUAUUUAUGUGUGAGAACAUUACAUUUUCCUCUGUCCAGCCAUUUGAAGAGGUGUUAUUUCUCCGCCCAGUUGUGUAAUUCUCAACAAUAAUAGUGCCAGGUCUUCUAUAGCUUUUCUCAGAGUCCUCCAGCUACAAGUACUGUAUGCAUUUUAAAAAAGGAAAAGGAAUGUUAUAAAAAAAAUAAAAGGAUUUAUUUCUGUA